CCACGAUUAGCAGCACCGCAUGUCCCUCUCCAUGAGAGGUUUCUGCUUCGCCGGACAAAAUUAUAAAUGACCUCUGGCAAUCCUCGUUCUCUUCACUUUGAACUUGGUAUAACAACUUACUAUCCUAAACCACAGACUCGCUGCCAAACCUCACCACAAACAGGGCCAUCUCAAUUAAAACUGCCAACAUCAUCGCAUGUUCAUCAUGGACUACGAGAAGAGCAAGUCGUUUGGAGCCUCGAGCUACCCUCCCUCUUACAUGAGCGACCACCAAGAGGCGCCGGCAUACCAAAACCCCAGAUUCAACUACGCGGCGACGGACUCUAGUACGCUGGUCCCCGCAACCGCUAGGUUUCCCCCGACGUUCAGCUGCUACGGGCAGUGGAAAUGGAAGCAACUGUACACCCUCGGCCCGUCCUCGGACGAGAAGUUGUUCGCCGUCUCCUUCGACACCAAGCUCUUCUCCAAGAAGCAAUCGCUCUUUCUCCACGGCGGCUCGAGCGACAAAGCGCCUAUCAUCGCCACGACGAGCAGGAAGGCUCACGGGUGGCAUGACCGGGCCACCAUCACCCUCCACAGAGACAACGGAGACGACCAGGAGAUUCAGUUCGAAAGGCCGGAGAACACGAGCUGGACGAAGAGCGAAGUGCGCGCCUUCCGCAUCGAGGUGCGCAAGGGGGUCGUGGAGGAGUUCCAGUGGAGGACGUCGCACGGGGACGAGAUCAAGGAGCUCGCCGGCCACUCGUACGGAUGGAAGCUGGUGCACAUGGGUCGACCGCAGCACGGAGGCGGCGGCGGUGGGAAGCAGUCCUUCGGCUACACGAGCGACGGCCACGAGGUCGUCGCCGUGCUGGCCCACAACAUGUCGUGGAGCAUGACCAAAGGGUACAACUUUGGCUUUCUGGGCACCGGUUUGACGGGCAUUUGGGGCGCCGAGUGGGAGACGGCGGCCGUCAUUUCCGGCUUUUGGCUGUGGCAUCUUGCACUCACCAAGGCCGGCGCCAACUCUUCUUCUGCUGCGGCCGGCGCAUCGGCUGCGGCUGCUGCUUGCUAAGGUGGAAGAGACAUCUUGGAUCGUGUUUAUGUCUCGCAAACAAAUUAUACCCUAUGCUUUUUCAAUUCAGAAGUCUU